UAUUAUUAUUAUCUUUUGUUGUUGUUUUCUCUACAUUCUCUUCUCUUGCAUAAGAAGUUUCAAAUAUUUCAACUUCAUCUCAACUUCCUCAUUCAUUCCAAUCUCCUCUCUUCUCAUCACCGCUUCCAUUCUCCUCUCAUCUCAUUCUCAUGGCCGGUCGCUAUGACCCUAACCCCUUCGACGAAGAACAAGUCAACCCCUUUUCCAAUCCUAGAAGUACUGCCUCUGCUACAAAUUCAAGACCUGCACCUCUGAAUCCUGAUCGUGCUGAUUAUAAUUAUGGUUUUGGACCGACUGUUGAUAUACCUCUUGAUAAUACAUCAACGGAUGUGAAAAAGAAGGAAAGGGAACUCCAGGCGAAGGAUGCUGAAUUGCGAAAACGGGAACAGGAAGUCAGACGGAAAGAAGAAGCAAUUGCACGAGCUGGAAUUGUUAUUGAGGAGAAGAACUGGCCACCAUUUUUCCCAAUUAUUCAUCAUGAUAUCGCAAAUGAAAUUCCAAUUCACCUUCAAAGACUGCAGUAUGUUGCAUUUUUUUCGUUGUUAGGGUUGGUGUUGUGCCUUACAUGGAAUGUUGUAUCUGUCACUGCAGCUUGGAUUAAGGGAGAAGGUGUAAAAAUAUGGUUUCUUGCUAUUAUCUACUUCAUAGCAGGAGUUCCUGGAGCAUAUGCCCUGUGGUAUCGCCCAUUAUAUCGUGCAUUUAGGACUGACAGUGCUAUUAAGUUUGGAUGGUUUUUCAUGUUUUACCUGCUUCACCUUGGAUUCUGUAUCUUAGCUGCAGUUGCUCCUCCUAUAGUUUUCAAAGGAAAAUCCUUGACAGGCAUUCUGUCAGCCAUAGAUGUAGUUGGUGACUAUACUUUGGUUGGGAUUUUCUACUUCAUUGGAUUUGGAUUUUUCUGUCUUGAAACAUUGAUCAGCGUCUGGGUUAUCCAGCAAGUAUACAUGCAUUUCCGUGGUGGUGGUAAGACUGCUGAGAUGAAGAGGGAAGCUGCACUAGGAGCAAUGGGGGCUGCUCUACGAUGAAGCACCUUGUGAUUGCAGUAUGAAUGCCCUUGUGUUUGGUUGUGUUGUAAAUUACUUAUAGAAAUUGUGAUAAAAAUAUUUCAUCGAAAUUUUUAGUCUCUGGUUCUCUCUUGUUUAAUAUGCUACCUGUUACAUGUAUAUUAUAAUCAGAAAGUGUAUACAUUACGUGGUUGGUUAAAACAUGCUACAUUUUAUUGAGUUAUAUAAAUAUAUAGUUUUGUUGACUA